UUGCACGAGCGCUUCAGAAGCAGGACGAGGUGGCGAGCGACAUGUCGCCGUGAGCGUCCGGCCUCUAUAUCAACAUAGCCACUACCCUCCAUCAGCGCUGUCCCCACCCCGACGGCCUCUACAAAGACCACUCCCAGAUGCCUCCCAACACCAGCCUUGACCCGCGGCAGAGCAGACGCUAUACACACAACCGCUCGGUCCUGGAGACACAACGCAGCGGAGGGAACGACAGCACAGAAGGAGGCAGCGAGGCUAUCCCCCAGAGCUUCCCAGCAAGACACUCUUCACGCGGCGCUGUAGCAUCACACUUCCAGGCAUACGGCGGAGAAACAUGGAUAGACUUUCUGCGGGAAUCCGGUACCGACCAAACUGUCCACCGCCAACCGCCCAGUAAUAACAGCAACAAUAACCCCGCAACCACCUCGGACCAGCGCCCCCAGCCCUCAACUUCACGACAGACACUGCCCAACCGCACUCUCCCACGCACCGACUCUUCGUCGUCCCGCAGCUCCGACCGCAAGAGGCGCUUGACUACGGCGGAGUCGCCCAUGAGACGGCCCUCGAGUAUCAGGAUGCAUUCCAGUAAUGCGGGCAACACCAGCUCGGAUCCCAUCGUGCUGGACGCAUCACCAGCUCCUUCACGCGCGCUACCCCAGCCACCGCUGCCGUCAGUUCCUCCACAGGCGAAUACUGAGUCCGUGAGGAGGCAGAGUGAUCUUGUCUUGCCGUCCUGGCAGCCCGACGCUGAGGUCUCGCAGUGUCCGGUGUGCGGGAGGUAUUUUACGUUCCUAUUCAGGAAGCAUCAUUGCAGAAAAUGUGGACGCGUCGUGUGCUCGUCCUGCUCACCGCAUCGCAUCACAAUUCCACGCCAGUUCAUCGUCCACCCGCCAGCGGACAACACAUCGAGCGUCAUCGACUUGACGUGUGACGACGAUGGGACCACCAUGUCUUCGUUCGGCCCGUUCCGCAACCCAGCGCUAGGCGGAGGCGAGGAAGUCCGCGUCUGCAACCCUUGUGUUCCCGAUCCAAACUUCAAUCCCCCGCCCCAGUAUAACCCGCCAGCUUCUUCUCGCUAUCCCGCAACGUUUUCAGCAUCUUCAUCAUCGUCGUAUGUUCCGCCUUUUCCGCCGCCGCAACCACGUCAACACCGAUCUUCUUCGAAUGCGCACGAUGCAUCUCAAACUAUUGGCCAUGGACAAACGCAACGCCCACGUGACCUGUUCAGCAGCAAUAGCGAGAACAGGAGAGUGAAUUAUCCGGGUGGCUCAAAUGCUGGAGAACGUAGGCUGCCACCGCUGCCCAAUUCCAGCGCCAUCCAAGCAUCACGCGGAUAUGGUGCUGACGACUCUAUCCCACGCUCGCUUGCCAGCUCCAUCCCCAAUAACGCCCCACUCCCUCCGAUCCCCAACUCCGCUUCCGUAACCAGAACCAGCAUGUUUCCACGGUCCUUGUAUACCCCCAUACCCGCGCCUCCACUCCUACCUCAGCAGCCCCAACCGCAACCGUCUCGCCCACGGCGCCAAAUCGCAGAGGAAGACGAGUGUCCCAUCUGCGGCGAUGAGCUCCCGCAAAAAGGUCACGGUAACGACGAAUCAGCUCGCACACAGCACAUUGAAGAAUGCAUCGCUCUGCACUCUGCGUCUCCCGCUCCAGCAGCAACUCUUACCCGAGUUGCAUCCGCUAGCUUGCCGAGCCAGCGUACCCGCGGUAUGAGCAGCGCAGGCGGCAACGGCGAGGGCGCGAGUAACCAGAACCGCAUGAGCCAUGCGGCCCGCGGCAUGUUUCCGUACAUUGCGACGGAGAAGGAUUGCAUGGAUGACGAGGGGAGGGAGGCCGAGUGCAUUAUCUGCCUUGAGGAUUUCGAGGCGGGGGAUAGGAUGGCUAGGCUGGUUUGUUGGUGCAAGUUCCAUGAGAAAUGCAUCAAGGAGUGGUGGGUCAAGAAGGGGAGGGGCGCGUGUCCUACCCAUCAGCUUCAGGAGUAGAGUGGUGAGAUGCUGUGGGGAGUUUGGAGAGGACGUUGCAGAUGCGCAGCAUCUUGUCAGCGAAAGCGUUUUGGUCCCCAUAUUUAGGCAUGGACAGCACGGGACGGGCAGGCAGGCAGGCAAAUGGCGUUUUUUUAUCAUGGCAUAUACCCCCUUACUAUCCUUUCUUGCUAUUUUCUUUCCAUUCUUUCCAUACCUUAAACACUCUCAUGGCAUCUCCUCUAGGCAUAUUGAUGAAAAUAGGCUGCAUGGCAUUUCACUCCUUUCUGUCUCUGUCUGUCUCUCCCUCUCCCCUCUCAGAAAACUAUAUAUAUAAGCACGCGCGUAACGUUGAGUCGCAUGGUUUUUGGCG